AUGACCACCGAACCGGUUAAGUCCGUUGCGUAUGCAACACUUCUGACCAACGAUGGUUACGUUGACGCCGCUCUGACUCUAGCCCAAUCUCUCCGCAACACAAACACAACACACCCUCUCGUGGCACUGGUCACCCCGGAUUCAGUAUCCGAGCCGUCAAGAGCCCGCCUGCGAACCCUCUUCGACGACGUACUGCCCGUGGCACCCCUGUCAGGGGUCUCAGCUGCCAAUCUAGCUCUGAUCGGGCGGCCCGACCUGCACGCGACUCUAACGAAGCUGCAUUUUUGGUCACUGGCGUAUUCCCGCGUACUGUACCUAGAUGCCGACACUCUAUUACUAGCCAAUGUCGACCACCUUUUCGACCUUCCUGAGUCCGUAACGUUCGCGGCGGCUCCGGAGCUCGGCUUCCCCGACUGCUUCAACGCGGGCGUCAUGUUAAUCACGCCAGACGAGCAGACGUACACGGACUUGUUGGACUUUGCAAAAUAUCAUGAGUCCUUUGACGGCGGUGAUCAGGGAUUGCUGAACGUGUUCUUCGGAGACGGUACGCGCGGUCACCCUGUGAAGGAGCUGCUACAUAAGAAGUGUGACCUGGACGCGACGAAGACACCGGGCAAUAAACCUAGCUCGAGAAAUUGGUAUCGCCUGAGUUUCACCUACAACAUGGAAAUGCACAAAGUUUACCGAAUGUACAUUUCUGCCGUGCAUCGUUAUAAAGACGAGCACAAGAUAUUACAUUUCAUUGGCAAAGACAAGCCGUGGCACUUUCCGGAUGGGAAGGUAGAUGACGAGGGAGAUACCAGUGCUUACUCCAAGUUCUACAUUGACAUGGUGGGAAAGUGGUGGGAGAUUGGCAGUCUCUGA